AUGUACAGUGGACACCCACUCAUGAAUUCUUUAUGUCUGAAGAGAGAUGAAGCAGUGACCUGCCAGUACUUACUAAGUAGAGAGAGAGAUGACAGUAGUGACCUGUCAAAAAGUAACGGUUUCAGAUUAUUAGGACAGCUUUUGGUCCAUGCGCAUGGAGUUGUCUCUACUGACAACUACCUGAAUAAAUGCAUGCUCCUGCUUCCCGAGUAUUCCAAGGAUACGCCGAGUCCAGAGCCAGGGCUCGAGUGUUCUACAUUUGUCGGUAAUUCAUGCUGUAAGAAGGGAGUAACGCUGCCCUUCAUGACUGAAUAUAACUGGCAGAACAUCACUGAUUACCUGCACUGUCCUCAGAAGGUGGCACUUGAACCACAGUGUCAGAAACAGUUUUUUGAGGAACUCUGUUUCUUUCUUUGCUCUCCAGAUAUCGGUCCUUGGAUUGAAUUAGCGACUCAUGAUGAACCGGUGACUGAUAGAUUUAAAGACAUCCCAAUCUGUGCAAGUGUAUGUGAUCAAUGGUACAACGCAUGUCAGGAUGAAUAUACGUGUACGGAUAACUGGUACAUAGGAUUCAACAAUACAUCAGGAAUGAAUAAAUGUCAUGAGGGAACCCAAUGUCUCAAAUAUCCUGAGUACUUUCCAACUUCAAAGAGUUUCUGCGAAAACAUAUGGGACAAAUCAUUCAAGGUUGUCCCAGAUGACGAGCCAUGUAUGCACUUUUCAUAUGACGCCACUUCCGGUAAUAACCCAAAUCGAGCUGUGGCAGAGGCUCGAGCAAAGGAACUAUCCACAUCAUCAAGCCUCAGAAUCUAUAUUUCACAAAUACUUAUCGUGGGACUUGCCAUUUUGGUUUAUAAAGUGAACACAUAA